AUCGCAUUUGCGAUCAAAUUUGGACAAUCCUACCAGUUAACACUUGAAGUGCCCCACAUCAUGGACUGCACGGGCAAGGACCCCGACAAAGUGCCUACCACAGAUGAUGAAAAGACUUUCAGCAACCCAUCCAUGGCAACAGCAACCACAUCCAUCGAUGAGCUCAGCAGCGAUGAAGAUCUCUUUGAAUUCCUCAGGGAAAUUCCCAUUGGCGACAGACAUGAGCCGACAGCCAGCCCCAGUGAACAAACCAUUACCAUAAGCGACAGCGAAGAACCCAUGGCCAGCUCCUCCUUUACACUCUCCUCAAUCACAACAGUCCACAGUAACAGUAACAGUAACAGUAACAGUAACAGUGACAGCUCCAACAGCCUGGUAGCUGUCGUCCAGCGAAGCGAGUUCACCAAGCUCCUGAUGCGCCUAGGCGAGGAAGGCGACGGCGAUGCCAACCAGAUCGUCAUGGAGCUCCUCAACUCAACGAAGCAUGCGGAAAGAGCCACCUCGGUGAUCGAGCGCGUCUCGGAGAACCUCAUGCUCCUACUGCGCACCCAGACUCUGGCCGAGGCGGGCAUCAUUACAGGCAACGAGCGAUAUCGCUCCUUCAAGAAUGUCCUGCAAAACUAUGCCAAGCUCUACGCGGCAAAGAGAUUCAUCGAGAAGCUUCCCAUGCUCUGCCUCUCCUCCCCCUCCGAACAGGAGCUGGAGCAGCAGCAGCAGGAGCAGCAGCAGGAUCAGGAUCAGGGUAGGGUUUCAAAUGAGAAGGAGCAGACAUUGGCUCGCAUGGUCGCCGAUGAGGUGCUUCAGAUUCCGGAGCUACUGCGUCAGCUCUGGUCCUCGCUCGAGAAAAUGGAGUUCUUCAACGAGGAUACUGCCUACAAGGUCUACUUGGAGGCACGCCGUCAUCCUCAAGCCAAGAUUCUUCGCGAACUGAUGUUGACUCGCAUAUCUCGGGUGUAUCUCUGCAUCGUCAGCUCCGCUUCCUUUCUUGACUUUAGCGAGCAGGAACUGAUCCACGUGCUCAACAACUGCUACCUCAGCGUCAACUCCGAGAUAGAGAUAUUCCUCUCUGUCAUCCUUUGGCUGGAACACAAUUGGUACGACCGCAAGAACUGUGCAGAGCGAGUCCUGGGCGGAGUUCGCUUUGGCCUGAUGCCCACCUGGUAUCUCUACACUCUUGACAGGACCAAUCGUUGUUCCCACUUCGCCAGGGUCAUCUACAGCAAGGGAGUGCAGGCACUCUUGGAGAAGGGUCUAGAGGAAGCGUUGGCUCUGCGUUCCAAGCACUUGCGCAAUCCCAACUCCGUGGAUGUGGAGGGUCCCUUGCCACGCGACUGGGUGGCCGAUCCCGAGUGUCGCCAUCAUCACAAGUGCCAUUGCGAGCGAUUCGUUUAUCCCACGUACGACGUAUUCAAGGACUACUUGGCCAGGAUCAUACGGUGUGCUCCCAAUUACUGGCGUACACUUCGACCUGCUCAGGAGGUCUAUCGGAAGGUGCUCAAGUGCUGUGCACCUGCUUACCAAACUCCUAGAGGGAACUAGAUGUUCCGAUGAUAACAGUUGUCUCAUCUUUAUAUACCAAUCACAACAGCUUCUAAAUUCAAUGUUUUAUCUCUUUUGGCAUGCAGUAAUGCAAAUUUUUUUAAAGUGCUUACAUAAAAAUUGGAAAACGUCAAAAUGCA